UCUUCAUGGUCGUCACAGACGUCACACUUGAGUGCGACGCCCCAAGCAUGCUUUGCGUGCCUCCUCUACUUGGGUAUAAAUCUGUUUCCCAGCUCAUCCUGACUGGCUUGUGCUCCUUUCUGCGUGCCAAGUAAAAUCCAUUAGUUAAAACACACAACCACAUCUACUCUGAACACCAAACCCACCAACUACCUAUCUAACAUACCACACAAAAUGUCGAGCAUCGGUCAAGAUAUCAAGUCCGCAAUCAAGGGCGUCCACGGCGCCGGCGAGGCACUCCGCGGCUCCGUCAACGGGGCGGCCGAUUCGGCUCUCGACACGGACGCCAAGCACCCGGCGGCGCAGCAGAGCCAGCUGAAAAACGAGAGCAUCAGGCAGAAGGGCAAGGCCGAUAUGUCUAGCGCCGACAGCAUGAUCGCCAGACACGAGGCCAAGCACCACGGCACGGGCGCACCUGCGCAGACCCAGCCUGUUGAGGGGGCACAUGCUUUUGACGGGACUGGCGCUACCGGUGCCGGUGGUACCGGGACGCGAACCGGCACUUACUAAAGUGUUUGGGUCUGGCCGAGACGGCAAUAGAGAGACGACGGGAGGCAAGGAAGGGAUACCCAGGCGAGAGUUUCAUGCCUCACUUUCCUUAGUGUACCUACGAUACCAUAUGGUCAGACCUGAAGGUGUGACCUAAAUUUACGAAAUAACGAGGCCCGCAUUACUACGAAAUGU